CCAAAAAAGUACGAGCAGAAGAUGAAGACGAUCCGUCGGAUCACCGAGCGGGAGCAGUAUGGGCUGAAGGUCAAGAUUUGCACAUGUGGACGUUCAAUAUGAACAACGGGGCCAGAUUCGGCAUUGCAACUACCAAUCAUGGCGAAAGUAUAAAUAGAGUGUACAAGGGCCUUUGAGCGAUGCCUGUUUCUGUCAUAGUUGAGAUGUCAUACUGGAAGAUCAACGAGUGGCGCGUGAAUCGGCUUCAGCUAGCUAUAGGGAGGGAGCUCUCUGGUCAUGCGAUAGCACAUGACGUCUUUGAUCAAAUGCAGAAGAACGAAGAGAAAUCAAGUAAGCAUAAAGUUGUUCUUUUCGACCGUAGUGAAGGAAUAUUUGCAGUCAAAACAGGUAUAUGGGGUGGUGGGAGAUGUGGUCACAAUCGUCAAACCGUUACUCUACACUUAGAAAGCCUAAUCGGGGAGUGUACAUGUCAAAAGUAUCAAAACACAAGAAUACUCUGUUCACAUGCAAUGGCAGUAGCUAAGUCAAUAACCAUGAGCCCCCACAGUCUGGUGAGUCCUUACUUCACUGAACAUGCGAUCAGGAACUCAUAUGAUGUAGCUUUGAGCCCCAUGCAAAAUGAAGCGUAUUGGCCUAUAUACAAUGGGAAGUUGAUUAUCCCACCGUUGCAAAUAGAUUUGGAUGCUAAUUGAAGCAUGCCAAUUAGACAAGCAAAAUGAGAAUUCCACUCUUAAAGCAUCUACUUAAUUAAAAAUUGAACACUUCCUAACCAAAUCUUGAUCAUCCAAAGCAAAUCAUUUGACUAUAAAUGGCCAACCCAGAUUAUCAAAAUUCACAUCCAAUACGCCAACAAAUUCUUCAAAUCGAAGAACCAACUAAGUAAAAUCAUAGGCCGCGACUCAAGAAGCAAGCUUUAUCGCGUAAACAAAGUUUCUCAAAUCAUUCAAUGAAACAGAUAGAGAAACUUUGGUAGAAACAAAGACAGGGAAAAGGAAAAAUGACAGCUUACAUGAAGUAGAGAUGGGUUUCAACGUGGAGAAGCUGACACACAUGGCAAUGAGUUCACCGGAGUCAAGGACGGAAGCCUCGCCGGUGAAAUAAAGGGUGAUCUUUGGAGACUCAACCCCUGCAUAGUUGCUUGCUCUUGUUUCCUAUUCUCCUUGGGGUUUUCUUCUCAUUAGCUUACAAAUCCAUCUCAGCUCCAAAAACACGAUCCUCCGUCUUCCAGGUUCUCGCCGACUUUCCUGUCCAGAAGUAUAUAUUGCUUCGCCUGUGUAAAUCAGUUGAGCAGAGAGCUCUGCAGAAAGUUUUGGGUACUAGAACUGGACGGCCGAUUCCAAGUACGGGCAUGUCGCCACGUGUGCAAUGAAGAUAGACUGCAACGAUCAACUUCCUACGACACCGUUUCGCAGAAGCAGCAAGCUGGCAGUAGAGGCGUGUGCAGUGGAACUUCCAACCUAAUCGUUGAGAAUACGAGAGAAACCGACAAGGGGUCUAUUUUGAUUAGGGAUGGCAACCCUAACUGGAAAUUCGGGUGCCCGACAGAAAACACACCAGUCAAAUCGGGGGAAAACCGAGUUGAUCGGGUGACGGAUCGGGGUCGGGCAAACCCAAACAAUUGACGUAGCAGUGAUGAAUUCAUCACUAUCCACCCCGUAACCUCCCAGCGACUAUCCGUCUUCCGAAUUCCAAUCACCAUACCCAGCCUCCAUCGAAGAGGCAGGCCAACUGCAGCCGCAGAACCCAUUUUGGACAUGAAGGAUGCGAAUUUUGUCUCCCACUCCUCCCUGUAGCGGGUAUGUGAAUAGCCAGGAAAUUCUCCCUCUCCUCGAUUCUCUCACUCCUCGACUCAGAUCUAUGAUGUCGAAGUGACGACGUCGAUGGAAUCAGGAAUCUUACGGCAGCGACGAUGGAAGAAGGGGAUCCGACAACCUGAUCAACAACAGGCGCUCUGAUCCCUUCCUUUUUCUGUCUUCUUCUCUCUUCUACCCAACGAUGGUUGGUGGUGCAGCGACGAUCAGGAGCUUCGCGACGGAGGAGGAAUGACGAAGUCCCCGCGGGGUUUCGAGUACACCCGUUUUCCGAGGUCGGGGCGGGUGGCAGUGGGAUUUUUGCCCCCGACGGUGUGGAUGUGGGUGAUUUCUCCAACCCAGGGAGGUCUCACGGGCGGGGAGCGGAUGCUGGGAAAUCGUCCCCGAUCCGCCUCGUUGCCAACCCUAAUUUUGAUGUUCAAUGUGCAAUGGUCCAAUAGUAUGAAGCAAUUUCGCUUGAUCUCGUCAAAUGUUAAAAAAUAAUUCUUAUUUGGUUAAGUUGGCUAAUUAGAAAUGAUGUACUAUGGAGUUCAAAGAAAUACUCUCGCUUUCUUUCCAUAAGAAAGAUGAGAAAAAUAUUGUUGAGAAUUUAAUAUGGUUUGGUUGAGAAAGUUCACAAAACCUUCUGAAUCGGAUCCAACAUAUAAAUCAUUUUCCAAAUUGAGUAUCAAGAUUCUGAAGAUGAGACGACAUGAAUCCAUAUAUUUUGUUAAAUUUUUUAUAAUCAAAUAAGCUAUUUUCGAGAAUUAUAUUAAAAUUUUGGAAUGAGG